AUGCCCUUCGAACCACCAUCAUGGACCUUACCACUGCCCGAGGUGCCCACAUCUGUCUCGAUAGAGACGUUCAUGUGGGAUGAGAACUACGGACGGCACCCAUUGGGCUACAGUCAAGACCCUUUCACAGACGGUUUGACGGGACGAACAUACAAUGCUUUCCAGGUCAAGGAGCGAGUCGACCACUUAUCAAGAGCUUUGGCCAAAGAGUUCGGCUGGCGACCAGAUCAGGGCUCGGAGUAUGACAAGAUUGUCGGCAUCUUCAGCUUGAACACCAUCGACUAUGUUCCAUUGACUUGGGCGGUGCAUCGAUUGGGUGGCAUUGCGAGUUGUGCGAGCGCGGCAUACAACGCAGAUGAGCUGGCGUAUCAGAUGAAGGAUUCGGGCGCGAAGACCAUCUUCACCUGUGCAGCAUUGCUCGCGACUACAUUGAAGGCUGCGCAGAAGCUUGGCAUACCGAAGGAGAAGGUUUUCAUCCUGCCCAUGGCCCCUGCUAUGCAGCAAGGCAUAGAUGUCUCUGCGCACAAAGACCUCGAAGCUUUUAUCGCCGAAGGCGCGAAACUGGCACCUACACAAAGCACCGAUAAGACAUGGAGCAAAGGCGACGGCGCGAAGAGGACGGCGUACCUCUGUUACAGCAGCGGUACUAGCGGUCUGCCCAAAGGCGUCAUGAUCAGCCACAGCAAUGUCAUCGCCAAUACGUUACAGAUCAAGACGCAUGAGGUGCCCACUCGUGAUGCGAUCAUGAAGAAGAACAAUCUCCAGUCAUACACCGAGACAGUUCUGGGCCUGCUACCAAUGUCGCACAUUUACGGUUUGGUUGUCGGUUCGCAUGCAGCUGCGUAUCGUGGCGAUGGAGUGAUCGUGCUUCCAAAGUAUGACUUCAAAUUACUUCUGCAAACGAUCCAGGAUUACAAGAUCAACAUGUUGUACUUGGUACCACCAAUGAUAAUUCACCUGACCAAGUCGAAGGAGAUACUCAAGAACUACGAUCUGUCGUCCGUGAUAGCAUGUUUCACUGGCGCAGCUCCACUAGGCAAGGAGACGGCAGACGAUUUACUCAAGAUCUUCCCCAAGUGGGCUGUGCGACAAGGGUAUGGCUUGACCGAGACAAGCACCGUCGUCUGCUCAACUGUACCGGAUGAUAUUUGGUUCGGUAGCUCUGGCUCGCUAUUGUCAGGCAUGAAGGUGCGGCUAGUGACUGUUGAAGGUAACGAGAUCACAGGCUACAAUCAGCCUGGUGAGCUCUGGGUGGCUUCUCCUUCGGUGGUGCUCGGCUACCUGCACAACGAUAAAGCUACCAAGGAGACAUUCAUUGAUGAGAAGGAUGGCCGGUAUAUGCGUACAGGCGACGAGGCUAUGAUUGCGAAGAGCUCGAAUGGCUUUGAGCAUAUCUUCAUCACUGAUAGGAUCAAGGAAUUGAUCAAGGUCAAAGGCAACCAAGUAGCACCAGCCGAACUCGAAGCACAUCUCCUCACCCACCCGGCUGUCAACGACUGUGUCGUCAUCGGCGUACCAUCAGAUCGAGAAGGCGAGGUUCCUAAAGCAUUCGUCGUCAAAGCGCCCGGCUCGAUCGAGGAGAGCGAUGCGUUGCUCAAGAGACAGAUUGCCAAGCAUGUUGAAGACCACAAGACAGACUACAAGCGAUUACGAGGCGGUAUCGAGUUUAUUGACGAGGUGCCCAAGAGUGCUAGUGGUAAGAUCCUACGACGGCUGAUACGAGAUCAGGAACGAGAGAAGAUGCGGAAGCAAGGUGCCAAGUUGUAG